CUCCCCCUCCGACACCGCCGCGCAGCGACACACAACGACGAGCAGCUCGGUGCCAUCCGCGCCGACGCCCGCGCCCACGCCCACGCCAGGUCCGCCUCGGCGUCUGCUAACCUCGAGCUCGACACGCGCCCCGUCUUCAGCCGCGCACAGCAGCUACAGCAGCAGCCACACAUCGUCUUCCCGGUCCAUUCGCAAGCUUCGUCUACUGCUUCCCCGUCCACCGCCUCGCCAAUGUCGACCGACACGUCUCCCAGCUCGGUCGAGUCAGGCCCCUCGGCCUCGGGCCCACCGCAGUCGCUGCAGCAACAGCAGCAGCAGUCGCUGCAGGCCCCGCCUAGGGGCCCGCUCGCCAAGCUCACCCAGCCUGUCCGCCGCGCAUUCGACGUCUCGUCCCCGCUCUGGCCGUACACCUACAUCCAUGACGACGACAACAUCUGGACCGGGUUCGUCACGCCGAUGUUCUCAUCUGCCGACGUCCGCAUCGCACUGUCCGUGCCCGAGGCGAGCGACAGGCCACAGUACUGCGUCGCCGUCCUGCGCUCGUACAUCUCGCGCAAGCUCGGCCGGACGAACGCCAACAUCACCGCGCCAAAGGUGACGGCCAAGAUCCAGUCGCUCGAGACCGAGCUCAUCGAGACGGAGAACCGGAUCCACCUGGCGCGCGCGUUCGCCCAAGUGCGCGACGAGUACGCCUUUGGCGACUCGCCCGUCGCGCCGGUGCGCGUGCGCCAGCUCCCGCACUGGCGCAUGCGGUCGAUUUCUCGCUCGGCCUCGCAGCCCAUCACGGACGCCGACUACGUCGACGACGACGACUACGUGCUGUCUGUCGCGCCGGCGUACACGCAGGCCUGCGACGCGGGCAUGGAGGCCCAGCUGGCCAAGUACCGCAAGCUCAAGAAGUUUGUCAAGAGCGCCCACCGCCACGUGCUCGCCGCCAACGAGCGCGAGCGCGCCCUCGAGGCCAAGGCCACGGCUGCGGAGGAGGAGAACGCGCGCCUCGGCAAGCGCAUCGCGCAGCUCGAGGCCGCCAUGCUCGGGCAGCAGGCCUUUCCCUCCGUUUCUCGUCGGGGGAGCGCCGACUCGGCAUACAGCGCAAACUUUGCGCCGGCGCCCAGCGUCGCCGUGCCGGCAUCUACGCCUUCCGAGGCGCCACCCACCGCGCUGUCCAUGCCCACGGUCCCCGCGCCGGUCACCAUGGUGCCUGUCGCGCCCGAGGCCGCCACUGACAACGACCUCGGCCCAGAAGAGGUCAUCACGACGCCGCUCGGCUCGCCCGUGUUCACGCCCUCCGACCUCGAGGAGCUCGACCGCAGCGUAUACGGCACGCCUGCGACCGACGCGGCGUCGUUGCCAUCUGUCGCUCCGACGAGCCCACGCACGCCCGCGACGGUGGUCAGCGAGCUCGCUGCCUCGCCGCAGACAGCGACACACGCGCUCCCGGCUCGCCCGCCGCUCAGCCCUCCGUCGACGCGGGUCGAGCUGCCCGGCGCCAGCUACGCCGCAGUCGAUGCCAUGUCGGCUUCGCCCCCGCCCCGGCCUGCUCGCCGCAAGAGCCAGCUGCCCAACGAGCUCGAGCUGCCGCCCAUCCCGCGAUUCUCCGUCUUCUCGCUCAGCACAAUGCUCGCUGCGGCCGAGGAGGACUGA